AUGGUACCACUGGACGAUAUAGCGCUUGUGAUAUUAACAAGUGGGCUACCAAGCCAUGUCGGGAAUCUCAAUCUUUUCUUAGAUAAGCCAUUACUAUUUCAUACCAUGGAAUACAUGGGCCAGCAUGCUACCAUCACUGAACUUAAAGACAGACCAUACCGUAAGUUAACAGAAAAUGUGGAAGUCUGGAAGACCCCGGGUCGCACGCAGCAAUGCCUCAGUGUUCUAACCGAAUCGCAAGGCAGUGUUGAUGAUAGUGUUUGGGAUCCGAUUCUGAGAAGGCAAAACGCGAAUCUAAUCGUAUGUUUAGUCGAUUGGAUCAUUCCGGGGCAUGGACAGCCUUUCCGAGUAUUGCCACGUUACAGGUAA